UUGUUUAAUUAGUUUAGUUUUUACUUUUUAGUUCGUGCUAUCGUGCUUCGUGUACAUCAAUUAUUUUCGCGUAGGUUCCGUUAUCGCUUGAUCCUUAGCUGCAAAAUAUAUCGAAUUUUGAAAAAUCUUCAUCGGAUUAAAAUUUAAAAAUCAUGCCAGUGUGUCGCGAUGUACUGAAAAACUUUUCGAACCGAAUCGAUGAUCUGGAAACAGAAAUAUCAAGACGAGAGCUUGAAAUGUGCCCGCUUGAAGCAAAAGUAUUCUACGACGAUCUCUUAUCGAUCUACAAGAAAAUAAUCGAAUACGAAAAAGAAAUGAUAGACGACGAUGAAUCACAACUGUACAACUUGUUAGAAGAUAAUCGCAAAGUUCACUUGAAGACUACACACCUGAAGAUCAAAUUGACAAAAAUCAUCUCUUCGACUCGAUCAACGCCAUUAACCGAAGCCAAGGUAGAACCGACCGAUACCGAGCGUAAUUUAGAACCGUUAUUCAAAAAAUCGAAAUCAUUGAUUGCACGAAUAUCUUUGUUGAAACCCAAAGAAGACCUUUGUCCGGAACAAGCUGAAAUAACGCAAGAUCAUCUUAAAUCACUUUACGAGUCGUUCGAUUCGAAUCAAAUUGAAAUCGAGUCACAAGUCAGCGGCACUGCCCUUGAUAGGCAAUUGGAACUUUCCAAGCAGAUUCAAAACAAAGUGAUCGAAUUUCAAACAACGUUGAAAAAAAUUUCAAAUUCGAUUAAACCUUUAUCAAUGACGCAAAUGCAGGCCUUACAAUCAGAACAAGUCAAGUCACCGGAAUCCGAAAUAAGCAGUAGCCUUCGAUCGAUAGAACUUAAACUGUCGAAUCUUACUGACUUCUUGGAAUCGCGAUCGAGUAGAGAUGAAACUGAGAGUAAUAUCAAUGACAUCUACACCAAUGUUGAAGAUAACUUAGAAAUAUCCAAAGAUAUUCAGAAUAAGAUGAUUUCUCUUCAAACAACGCUGAGUAAAUUCGUCGACGACGCCAAUCAGCAUCGUGAAAAAACCAUUCCCAAUGAAAAGAAUAACACCUCACGCAUUAAUCGUAAAAUUUAUUGCCAUUAUUGUGGUGGUAGCUCUGAUUCAGGAGACGGUUGCUGUCUUUGGUGCUAUUGAAAAUGACCUUAAAACGUUUCUAACAUAAGUACCUACGUCUUACUGUGAAAUUAGAAAACUAUAGGUACACUCUCAAAACACGAUUCCCUACAUUGUAAAUUGAAAAUAUACAUUUUUUUCUUGAUUA